UUAAUUGCGUCAAAUAUUUCAACGUGAUUAAUUUUAAAAAUUAAUUACCGCCCGUUAACGCGAUAAUUUUGGCAGCCCUAGUUUAUAUAUAAUUUCUGUCUCCGUCCAUGUACCCAUUUAUAAUGCGCACCAUGAUUUUACAAGUUGAUUUGGGAGGGAAAAAAGUGUGCGUUAUAUUCGGAAAAUUACGGUACAUCCCCCAUUUUCAAUAAAUAUGAACAUAGACCAGUCUAGAUUCUUGGUCAAAAGCAAAAAAACGGGCAAUUAUCAUUCAUUUUAUUCAAACAUUUCAAGCUAAAAUUACGCUAUUGUGAAAAUCCAACGUGGUGGCCAACACAAAAAUGAGAUUUUUUAGUUGAAAAUUCUUGUAAAUAAAUGCGUACAUAGCUGAAUUUCUAUAGAUAUGAACAUAGAACAGUAUACAUUCUUGGUUAAAAUAAAAACAAAAAAAGAAAAAAAAAAACGGGCAGUUAUUAUUCGUUUUACGUAAAUAUUUCGAUCUAAAGUUACGCAAAUUUUUUCCAUGCAAUUUUUUUUUUUUACAACAUUUCAAAAUGCAUGCAUGGGGCUCUUUUAUUUAAUAAUUACCCUGAAUCCUCGAUCAAACCACUCUGAAGCCCGUUAACACGAUAAUUUUGACAUCCCUAGUUAGGAUUGAUCUUUAAAAGAUUAUUUAGUAGUGUAAGAUGUGUUAUGAUUCCUUUUCGCCCCUCCUGAUCAAAUGUUUUAAACGAGCACAUUAUCAAAUGUCCGUAAAAGAUUAUCCACAAAAACAAUUGACGGUUUUAUUUCACUUCUGUCUUGUAGCACAACUUGAAAACUGAAGUUUGAUUAAAUGGUAAAAGUCAAUAAUUCACAAUACUGGGAAUUAUUGCUCAGGAUUUUAAAAAAUUAACUAAGUUUAUGCGUAUAUUAUCACGUUUAUGUGAUUAUCUUGUUGUACUUACCACAUUUCACCACGCGAGGGUGCUGUUCUCUAACUACACCAGCCUCGGAUCGCAGUAAUGAAUGGAAAGGACGUUAAGGUUUAUUCACCUCAACUUUCUGACUUGUUAUUAUUGAUUUACAACUAUUUGUUCGCCAUCACUACAAAACAUUUCCACAUCAUCCAUGUUAUGAAUUCGCAUUUGAAGAUGUCAAAAGACAUGGCGCCGUAUCAAUCAAUGGCAUGCUCACCUUUUCUUCCCUCCCUUUCGUCUGCAUCCCUCCCUCUGUCUGCACGCUCACCCCUUUUUUUCUCUCCCCCUCCACGUACAAAACACGCCAGAGUAAAGAAGGAGGAGGAGAGACAAUAGCCUGAGAGUGGCGUGUCAUCAUGGAUGUUUAGCGAGAAAAAGAAAAGAGGGAGCUGCAGGUGAAAGCGUGCAAGUGGAAGUUGCCAGCGUGUUUUGAAUGUUGCCCACCGAGAUUCCAGGAGUGUGUUUCACCUCGAGCGACCACACUGAGGCAAGGAGAGAAGGCAUGAAAACGGAGGAGAACCAAGCAUCGUGUCUGCAGCAGCCUCCAUCCUCAACACCUUUUGUCGGUCCAGAGUACUCGGGCGGAGGCGGCGAGGUGUGCGCGGGCUGCGCGUCGCCGAUCGCCGACCGAUUCCUGCUGCGCGUCAACGAGCGCUCGUGGCACGAGUCGUGCGUUAAGUGCACGGUUUGCAUGAGCGCGCUCACCGGAACCUGCUACUGUCGGGACCGAUUGCUCUACUGCAAGCCCGACUAUGAAAAGCUGUUCGUGAGGAAGUGCAGCGCCUGCCUGCAGGUGAUCGGUCGCUCUGAGCUGAUCAUGCGCGUGCUGGGACAGGUGUACCACCUGGGCUGCUUCAGCUGCUGCGAGUGUGAACGCCGGCUGCAGCGGGGAGAUGAGUUCGUGCUGAAGGAAGGCCAGCUGCUCUGCCGGAUGGACUACGAAAAGGAGAGGGAGAUGCUUGCCGCCAUCAGUCCCACACCAACAGAAUCGGUGAAAAGCGAGGAUGAAGACGGUGGCGGGGGGAAAGGCAGCGAUGAGGGCAAGGAGCACAAGCGCUCCAAGCGACCUCGUACCAUCUUGACCACGCAGCAGCGCCGGGCGUUCAAAGCGUCUUUCGAAGUGUCAGCCAAGCCUUGCCGUAAGGUGAGAGAGACGCUGGCUGCCGAGACGGGCCUCACAGUGCGGGUUGUGCAAGUGUGGUUUCAAAACCAGAGAGCCAAGAUGAAGAAGAUUGCUCGGAGACAGCAGCAACAGCAACAACAACAACAGGAACAGGAACAGCUGGGAGGGGCAAGGAGGGGUGCUGGUCGAGGGGGACGCCAAAGCAACGAUGACAGUGAGGACGGCUCUAGCGGUCACGGCAUGGACGGCAUGCUGGGAUACCCUUCUCUGCCUCGUCAGCAGCUACUCACGCUGGACCCCAACAUUUACGGAGGGGAUCCUUUUCGACACGGGCUUACUCCACCUCAGUUGAACAGCGAGCAGCUCCACCCAUACGAUUCAGAGACGGUGUUCCAUGAUCUGGACAGCGACGGCAGCCUGGGUCACCUGGGCGACUGCCUCCUAGCAGCUGGCGAAGGCGGCCUCCUGACAGCGCGAGUGGGGAAUCCCAUCGACCGCCUCUACUCCAUGCAAAACUCCUACUUCACUUCGUGACCCUUAAAAAACUCG